CUCUCACAGUGCUGCAGAUAGGGGCUGCCAACACAUGCGGCGCGUCUGCAGGUGAGGGAACCGGCUGAGUGUUGCUGGAUAAAAACUCCACCAACGUUUCCUUAAAACUGCCUAGGAUAUACAUUUUUUUUUGUCCUCGUGUGAUAUUUUUUCCUUCUUAAAACGUCCGCGGCAUUGUGCGGUGGCAUACGGGGGGAAGGAGAGAACUGAAGCCUACUGCGCCCCCGCCGCAAGUGACUUGGAGGGAGAGAGCAGAGUGUGACACCGGACAGGUAAUGUGCUCCACAUUCACAUCCUCAAAACCGGAGAGUUGGAAGGCUGCGCGCAGGCAAACCCGCGCGCUCUGCUGAGUUGGGGAACUGCGUUUAAAUGCUCCUCUGACAUAGGUGGACAUAUCCUCGGACAGAGGAAUAUUAUAGCGUCGCCCCCCCUCCAAACAAAAAAAGAUAUUAACUAAAAGGAGAUUCGAACCACAGCCUGAGAGAAACGGCGGCAUAUGGAAUUAAUUCACUUUCUGGUGACAUGAUUCUCGGACUAUAACAUUUUGGCUUAUUGCGCGAAUUCGUGGAGGCGCACGAAGGCUCUACGGUGACUUUUUGAUAUCACCGGCAUUUUAAUUUUAUUUCUUUCUCUUUUUUUUUGCAAGAAAACGAGGAAAGAGCGACUCACACCCAAAACUGGAAGAGGAAAAGCAGAGCGCAGACGACAGCCCGUGCACUUGCCGCUUUGCACUGCAGCAGGAGCGAGGUAGGUAGUCGUCCGGAGGAUGAAGACCAACGCAUCCCGCUGCAGAGAGCGUCGCUUUGUAUGAAACAAUUUAUUUUUCCUCCGCAUUCGGAGUCUCUGACAGUGACUAAUUUCCUAAAAAAAAAAAAAAUAUUUUCCCCCCCUUCAAAUCUAAAUGGACAUUUUUUGUCAGAUGAGAACCAUGAGGACUACUGGUGCAGUGGACUAUUUGUACUAUUGCCUGCUGAUCCUGCAGCUUGUGCAUCAGCCCGCUGCCAAGCAAGUGCUCCGGUACCGCUUGGCUGAGGAGGGACCCGCCGACGUGAGAGUGGGGAACGUAGCCGGCGACCUGGGCAUCGUAGCCGGGUCCGGCGAGGUGACGUUCACGCUAGAAUCCGGCUCAGAUUUUUUCAAAAUAGACAACAUAACCGGUGAGCUCACCACCAACGAGAGGCGCAUAGACCGUGAAAAAUUACAGCAGUGCCAAAUGAUAUUUGAUGAAAAUGAGUGCUUUAUAGAUUUCGAAGUGUCUGUGAUUGGACCAGCUCAAAGCUGGGUCGACCUCUUCGAGGGAAAAGUCAUUAUACUAGAUAUAAAUGAUAACACCCCGUCGUUCCCUUCCCCUGUCCUAACACUAUCUGUGGAGGAAAACAGACCCAUUGGAACCCUUUAUCUGCUGCCCACAGCCACAGACAGAGAUUUUGGCAGAAACGGAAUAGAGCGAUACGAGCUUAUCCAGGACAAUGGGGAGAACUCGAGGCGCUUGGGCUCUUCGGGGGAUUCGUUCUCGGGGAAGAGGAGAUUUGACGAAGGCGCAAGCAGGAGCAGCGUCUUUGAACUGCAAGUUGCUGACACUACCGACGGAGAGAAGCAGCCUCAACUCAUCAUUAAAGGGGCCCUCGACAGGGAACAGAGAGACUCCUAUGAGCUCACCCUGCGCGUUAGAGACGGAGGAGAUCCCCCUCGCUCCUCCCAAGCCAUCCUCAGGGUGAUGAUCACCGAUGUGAAUGACAACAGCCCUCGGUUUGAGAAGAGUGUGUAUGAAGCGGACCUGCCAGAGAACAGCUCCCCUGGUGCCCCCAUACUGCAGCUCAAAGCGGCCGACGCAGACGUGGGGGUAAACGGUCAAAUCGAGUACGUGUUUGGGGCAGCCACGGAGUCGGUGAGGCGGCUGCUGAGGCUGGAUGAGAGCACGGGGUGGCUAAGUGUGUUGCACCGCAUUGACCGUGAAGAAGUGAGCCAACUGAGGUUCACGGUAAUGGCCCGUGACAGAGGCCAGCCCCCCAAGAUGGACAAGGCCACUGUGGUGUUGAACGUGAAGGACGAGAACGACAACGUUCCUGCCAUAGAGAUACGAAAAAUCGGACGCAUUUUCCUAAAAGAUGGCAUCGCCAACGUGGCUGAGGACGUGGUGGUGGACACACCCAUUGCCUUAGUUCAGGUGUCAGACCGUGACCAGGGGGAAAACGGCAUUGUGACAUGCACGGUGGUAGGGGAUGUUCCCUUUCAGCUCAAACCAGCCAGCGAGAUGGAAGGUGAGCAGAAUAAAAAGAAAUAUUUCCUCCACACGUCCGCAACGCUGGACUACGAGGCCACACAGGAAUACAAUGUGGUCAUAGUGGCUGUCGACUCUGGAAGCCCCAGUCUGGCAAGUAAUAACUCUCUGAUUGUCAAAGUGGGCGACACUAACGACAACCCUCCUAUCUUCAGCCAGAAUGUAGUGGAGGUGUCGUUUCCAGAAAACAAUGCCCCUGGCGAGAGGGUGACAACAGUGAAAGCCAUUGACGCAGAUAGUGGGAAGAAUGCUGAAAUAGCCUAUUCCCUAGACUCAUCAGUAAAUGGGAUUUUCUCUAUCGAUGCAGACAGUGGAGACAUCCGAGUAAACAUCAUUCUGGAUAGAGAGCAAACAGAGCGCUACGAAUUCAAAGUGAUAGCCAAAGAUAAAGGCAUAAACACUCUACAGGGCUCUGCGACAGUGGUUGUCCUCGUGGCAGACAGGAAUGACAACGAACCAAAGUUCAUGCAGGAUGUGUUCACCUUCUACGUUAAAGAGAAUCUUGAACCAAACAGUCCAGUCGGCAUGGUCACCGUCAUCGAUGCAGAUAAAGGCCAAAACGCAGAGAUGAGUCUUUUCAUUGAGGAAGAGGAGGAGAUCUUUUCCAUCGAGAAUGAGACCGGUACUAUUUUCUCCACCCUGUCCUUUGACAGAGAGCAGAAAACAACGUACACAUUCCGUGUAAAGGCUGUGGACGGCGGUGAUCCUCCGCGCUCUGCCACCGCCACGGUUUCGCUCUUAAUCAUGGACGAAAAUGACAACGCGCCAACCGUCACUUUCCCAAUAAACAGCUCCUACACCCUUCUUCCCCCCUCCAGUAACAUCAGAACAGUGGUCAGAACUGUCAUAGCCACCGACUCAGACACUGGCGUCCACGCGGACUUGAACUACAGCAUCGUUGGGGGGAACCCCUUCAGGCUGUUUGAGAUUGACGGGGGCACCGGGGUCAUUUCGCUAGUGGCAAAGCUGGAGCAGAAGCACUACGGCCUCCACAGGCUGGUGGUCCAGGUGAACGACAUGGGCCAGCCUUCCCAGAGCACCACCACGCUUGUUCACGUGUAUGUUAACGAGACACUCUCCAAUUCCACAGUUGUGGACGCCCAGGUGGCCAAGAGCCUCAGCACCUCCCUCAACACCAACAUUGCCGGUGACCCCAACUAUGACCUAAGCAAACAGCGGCUAAGCAUUGUAAUCGGAGUAGUUUCGGGCAUUAUGACGGUCAUCCUCAUCAUUCUGGUCGUAGUCAUGGCCCGUUACUGCCGCCCCAAGAAUAAGAAUGGCUAUGAGGCCGGUAAGAAGGACCACGAAGACUUUUUCACGCCACAGCAGCAUGACAAGUCCAAGAAGCCCAAGAAAGACAGGAAGAAGCAGAAGUCUAAACAGCCCCUCUAUAGCAGCAUCGUCACCGUAGAGGCCUCCAAACCCAACGGGCAACGCUACGACGGCGUCAACGAGAAGCUGUCGGACAGUCCCGGCAUGGGUCGCUACCGCUCGGUCAACGGAGGGCCGGGGAGCCCGGAUCUGGCCCGGCACUACAAGUCCAGUUCACCGCUCCCCACCGUCCAGCUUCACCCGCAGUCGCCGACCGCUGGAAAAAAGCACCAGGCGGUUCAGGACCUGCCACCCGCCAACACCUUUGUUGGCACCGGAGAUAACAUUUCCCUUGGAUCUGACCACUGCUCCGAGUACAGCAGUCAAACCAUCAACAAGUACAACAAACAGCCGUUUCGCCGAGUGACCUUCUCGGUGGUGAGCCAGCCCCAGGACCCUCACCAGCAGGGAUCGCUGCAGAGCUGCUACGACAGCGGCCUGGACGAGUCGGAGACGCCCAGCAGCAAGAGUUCGUCGGGCCCCCGGCUGGGCGCCCUUCCCCUGCCCGAGGACAGCUACGAGAGGACAACGCCGGAUGGCAGUGUCGGUGAGGCAGAGCACAUGGAAAAUGACUCUCGGCCCUUGCCUGACGUAGCCAUGACUGGCAAGUGCACCCGGGAAUGCGACGAGUACGGCCACUCGGACUCCUGCUGGAUGCCUGUGCGCACGUCGCCAGAGCGACGGCCAUCAAAGUCAACCACCACCCCUCAACAACCAAAGCUUUCCACUUUCAUGAGCGGCCACGGCAGCAGCGGCAGCAGCGGCAGUAGCGGCAGCAGCAGCAGCGGCAGCGCCGAGCCCGGCAGCCAAGAGACCCUCGCCAUGGCCGCCAUGGCCAAUGGAGACCCCACCGCCGCUCACGUGAUGGGCGACCGCAACCGCAACCUGCUCAACAAGAAGAUGGCUUCCUCCUCCUCCUCCUACGAGGCCUUCGGCUCGCCCUCCUACGGCUCUCCGGGAACUGGGGAGGAGACGCUGCACCACCCCACGGAGGAGAUCCCUCUGGCGCCCACCGGGGAGUACAAGCCUACAUCCUGCGGUACUCUGACGCGACGGGAGGUGUACCUGUGAGCGCGAGACGCACGGGCUGCGCCACAACACAUGGCAUUGAAGAUUCAACACUAGGCAUAGUUGUUUAAGCUGUAGCGGCUUUUAGCCACCCUUGUUCUGCAAGGUAGGACUAAACAUUCUCCAAAGACUUUUACGACAGCUCCUAAAUGACAAAUCCAAGUGGGUACAUGAACACCAUUUUUUAAUAUUUCCGGCCAUGACCCGGGAGAGAGGAAGGAGGAGGAAGAGGAGGAGGAGGAACUUUUGAUGGGCAUUGAAUGGACUUGGGAGGAGGCUACUGGCGAGUCGGGCUCUUCUGGACAACCAUCUGCUGCUUGACAGUCAAUCUGUACAAUAAUCCAUCCAUUUUACAUGAACAGUACAUGCAUGCAUCACACCACCCUACAUUCCCAACGAAGGUCCCAUCACCUGAAGAUGACACUGUACAAAAGACGCUAUUUCUUUUUUUCCGUUCGAGUUUUUUGUUUUUUUUCUAGAAACAAAUCUGUACACGUGGACCCUUUUUUUAAGUUCCAGAACACUGCUCUCGCCGUGAUGUUCAGUGGCUGCAACGACAUAUUGGACGCAACGGUCCGUCCUACGGAGUCGGCUACGGAUUCCGUCACCUAGACCACUUGUGAUAUAAGUUGCUCAAUGCCACUACCAAAACUUCCUUCAAAUCUUAUAAAGGACGGGAAGCUUUAAAAACUCUGCCCAGAAAACCGGACUCGUGUCAGUCUCCUCUUGAGAUGGAGACAUUCUUGGACAGACUCGGGAGCCAAUGGAAUUUGCUGCAACGCCCCGUUAAAGACUACAACACGACUGCUAUGAAGAAUUAAUCAAGACUAAUUCUGACCCUCGCCGGGCUGAAAAGCCCCUCUUUGUACAUACACAUCGGACCACAGCGCUAACUGCUCUCAGUCCCCUUUGUCUCGCUACCUUUUCCUCAGUCUCUCAUUCUUUGUAUGCGAUUGGCGAGGUUGAGACCAAAGCCCUCCCCUUACUAAAUGCAAAAUUGUCGCGUCGGCUGGAACAGCAUGCGCACACGUAGUCGUGGAUACUCAGAUCGCCUCGGUUGGAUGCUGUUGUCUACGUCAAGUUGUAGUACUUUUUCUUUUCUUUGCAAUGGUGUAUGCAGAGACACACACACACACACACACACAAGCAGAAAAUCAGAUUCAUUUAACUGAAGCCAAGGACACUGCUGGACUGAUUAGUCCUGGUUAAGCACAGUGCGUCAUGCCGAGAUCAAAACUAUGACGGUGCAAUCGUAUGUGUGUACGGGCCCGAUAUGCAGUGUACAGUGUGCGUUUGUAGGCUGUAUUUAGUGUAUACUGUAGAUGCACACCGAUAACAGGCUUAGGGCUGAUCCUAAAAGAGCUGCGAGACUUUUUUUUGUCCUUUCUUGCUGUGUGAUAGACUGAGCAAUAAAUAUCAUAAUGUACACGACCAACAAGCAUUAACUUCUGUUUCACGUCUACUCGAGCCCUCAAGGUUACAUUGACCCACGCGCGGCUGUACAAGAGUUCCCUUUUCGCGCUAAUAGAUUGUGCUUUCCAUGUUAAAAGGUAAUGGCAUCUUUGAGCAAGAAUGUAAGAAUCAGCUCAAUGGGAAAACAAUCGAAACGCGAGGACACCAAGAGGUUUAUGGAUUAGAGGCUGAGCGAAAAAAAACAACAACAACAACACAGUGUCAAAGUGAAACCAAAGCUUCGCAAACAGGAUGAAGCGUUCCCUCAUUACACACAGAAGAAAAUCAGAAGUUUUCCUUUUGUUUUAAAUUACAUUCCCGAUUUUCUCACUGAGAUACGAAUGUGAUGUCCCAACCGAACCGUCCACGAUAUCUUCACAGCUGACACGCGGACACGUGACAACGUCGAAAUGUUGGGCCUCCCUCUCUGAAGUGAUGUUUGUUUUACGCAGCUGCAGAGGUGCAAAAUCUCACGACUCUAACACAGCAAAGGAAUAUCAGAUGCAAUGGAACUGGGUUUUCUUUGUUUGUUGGCAAAAACCCCCCUUUGGUUUGACCGGCGCGGCUUUUUCCGCAUUCCGGCAAUCUAUAGUCUGUAAGUACUACUCGUUCGAAAGGAAGUGCUCCUAUACUUAUCAACUGUAUACAUAAAUAUUUACUUUUUACUGCACGUUUAAUGGGAACUUACUUCACUUAUUGAGAAGGAAGAAGACAAAAAAAAACUGUAUAACAAAAUGUACAAAAAGAAAUGUUUUCCCUGUAAACACGGAACUCCACCUGGUUGCUUGCUUUUGUUAUACCUGAAGUACCUGAAGUGUAGUACAACUUAGUAUAUCAGUUCAGUCCAGUUUUAUUUUUCAUACACAAUCAAAUCUGUGUCUCUUGUAUCACCACACAGACUCAAAUCUUUCACCCUUUCAACUUUAUAUCAUGAGAUUUGCUUUUUUUUUUUUUAUCUUCUUGUAUUUUACUUUUUAAUCCCAUUCAUGUGUCUGUUACAAGUCGAGACCGUGAAAAUAUUCAUGACAAUGUACUGAGUAUUUUACUUUUUUCUUUUCUUUAUCUGGUGCCACUUUGUAUAUUUAGAGUGCUUCUGAAGAAAAAAACAAAAACAAGAAAACCAACACAAAAAAAAAAACACUAGAGUGAAUGCAAAUAUGCAAUUGUGCCUUUUAUACUGACCGGUAUGAUUAAACGUUGGUUUGGAAUGGUGCAUAAACAAUUACGUUGAGAUGCUUACAAAAAUAGAUGGGGGUGACAUUUAAGAAUGGACUGAAUACAUUUGCAUAUCUUAGACGAAAUCCCGUGAUGUCAAAGGCUACUCGGAGGACAGCCAGUCAAAUGUCAGUAAUACACUAAAGACUAUUCGCUGGGUUCAAUUAACUUGUUUAAAAUAUCCGUUUCCUAGCGUAGUUCACGACCGAAAGAGUUCAGGUACAUUCAACACUUGCGUGUUGGUAGUAUUAAUAAUGAUAUAAUGGGUUCUUUUGUUUGUUUUUUUCCCGUCGUGUUCCACUCAUGUACGACAUCUGAGGUCAAGUAAACUUCUUUGUGCAUGUAACAAGCUCUAGGACUGAAUAUAGAAGCAUUGAAAGGUAGGAAAGGUGUAGGGGGGGGGGCAGGGGGGACGCAUUUGGACCGCUCUGAGAUAAAGGAGCCUCGAGACGAAAAUGCUAAUGUGACGGUUUACGGCGAGGAGUGGAAGUGAGGGGGGAGAAGAGGAAAAAAACUUUUUUUUUAAACGGAGAAAAAAAAAAGCUGCAGGGGAGCGCAGCUGACGGGACACACACACACCUCGGCCCCCGCAGGGUGCACAUGGGUGGGUGAUGAAAGCCCCGGGACCACUCCACAUGCCGCUCUACAUCAGGUGGAAAGGAAAGGCUCUACAGUGGGAAGCUCUGAUAGAACGGAGGAAGACAUGAAAGCUAAAAGCGCACACACGUGUGCUUCUUUUCUUCUCUGAUAUCCACUUCAGUGCUACAGGAAGCUGGAUUACUUUUUUCCUGUCCAUUUUUCUUUUUCACAUUUGACAGAAAACAAGGAGGUUUCCCGCCACCGGCAUGUUUGUAUCUGGCCGGCUGAGGUGUGUGUUACGUCCGUGCUCUCCUGUAUUCGUAUAGCCUUCACAGUGUGUAAUGAGAUCUGUAAUAUUAACCAUUACUAUUUGUCCUGCGACUUGGAUGUUGAUAUAGAAAUUGAGGAACAAAUUUAUCAUCGUUUAAUAUGAGUCACUAUGCACGCAGCUUAGCUGAACAUGGCAAAGUGUAUUGAACGCAAGUCCACUUCUAUUUAUGAGAUAUUUUACAUAAUUUAAUUUGCAUUUGUACAGGUUUGUGUAAAUAUAUUGCUUGUCAGUUUUGUCUCUGCAGAAAUUAAAAUACAACAUGGUAAAACGAG